AUGGAUGUAAAGCUAAACAAAUUGCUUCUGCCCCAAGGACCGAAGACUGCGUUGGUUGUAAGAGCACGGAUUUUUCUGGCCCAAGUGUAUCUUGUCUUUACCACGAACCAUUUUCCUUGUUUAACAAUAAUUGCGGUUUUGCCAAUAUUUGCAGGUUGCUUAAUUUUUUUUCUUCCACAUAGGGGAAAUAGAGUAAUCCGGUGGUAUACUAUAUGUAUAUGCAUCUUAGAGCUUCUUCUAACGACUUAUGCAUUUUGCUAUCAUUUUCAAUCAGACGACCCAUUAAUCCAACUAACGGAGGAUUAUAAAUGGAUCCUUUUUUUGGAUUUUCAUUGGAGAUUAGGAAUAGAUGGACUCUCUAUAGGACCCAUUUUACUAACGGGGUUCAUCACUACUUUAGCUACUUUAGCGGCUUGGCCGGUUACUCGAGAUUCUCGAUUAUUUCAUUUCCUGAUGUUAGCAAUGUACAGUGGACAAAUAGGAUUAUUUUCUUCUCGAGAUCUUUUACUUUUUUUUCUCAUGUGGGAGUUAGAAUUAAUUCCCGUUUAUCUACUUGUAUCCAUGUGGGGAGGAAAAAAACGUCUGUAUUCGGCUACAAAAUUUAUUUUGUACACGGCAGGGGGUUCUAUUUUUCUUUUAAUGGGAGUUCUGGGCGUCGGCUUAUAUAGUUCUACUGAACCAACAUUAAAUUUGGAAAUAUUGGCUAAUCAGUCCUAUCCUGUGGCCUUGGAAAUAUUCUUUUAUAUUGGAUUUUUUCUUGCUUUUGCUGUCAAAUUACCAAUCAUACCCCUACAUACAUGGUUACCAGAUACCCACGGAGAAGCGCAUUAUAGUACUUGUAUGCUUCUAGCCGGAAUCUUAUUAAAAAUGGGAGCGUAUGGAUUAGUUCGGAUCAAUAUGGAAUUAUUUCCUCAUGCUCAUUCGCUAUUUUCUCCUUGGUUGAUAAUAGUGGGCGCAAUGCAAAUAAUCUAUGCAGCUUCAACAUCUCUGGGUCAACGGAAUUUAAAAAAAAGAAUAGCCUAUUCCUCUGUAUCUCAUAUGGGUUUUAUAAUUAUAGGAAUUGGUUCUAUUACGGAUAUCGGGCUCAACGGAGCCCUUUUACAAAUAAUCUCUCAUGGAUUUAUCGGUGCUGCACUUUUUUUCUUGUCCGGAACAAGUUAUGAUAGAAUACGUCUUGUUUAUCUUGACGAAAUGGGCGGAAUGGCUACCCUAAUGCCAAAAAUAUUCAUGAUGUUCAGUAUCUUAUCAUUAGCUUCUCUUGCAUUACCGGGCAUGAGCGGCUUUUUUGCAGAAUUGGUAGUAUUUUUUGGAAUAAUUACCGCCAAAAAAUAUUUUUUAAUGACAAAAAUCGUAAUUACUUUUGUAAUGGCAAUUGGAAUGAUAUUAACCCCUAUUUAUUUAUUAUCUAUGUUACGCCAGAUGUUCUAUGGAUACAAGAUAUUUAACGGCCCAAACUCUUAUUUUUUUGAUUCUGGGCCGCGAGAAUUUUUUCUUUCAAUCUCUAUUUUUUUACCCGUACUCGGUAUUGGUAUAUACCCAGAUUUCGUUCUUUCACUAUCAGUUGAAAAGGUUGAAGUUAUCCUAUCUAAUUCUUUUUAUAGAUCUUUUUUUUAUUGA